AAAUCAGAAUUUGAAAUUUGUUUUGUUUUGGUCACAUUUAUCAAACUUCGAUUUGUUUAUUUCACGAAUCAAUGUUAAUAAACUAGUGAAAUAAUCUGAUAAGAUGGAGAGUUCUUUCUUUGAGUACCGUAAUGACACCGGAAAGGUGGGGUCCGAUUCCGAAGGGGUUAUCGACGACAGUGUUAUAGCUGACGAAUCCUUCAGGAUACUGAAAAGUGUGCCCCCGAGCGCGAAAAAGAAUCAAACAGUUUUCGUGGCUGAGUCUGAGGAAUCUAGUUCAGGAGAGGAGACAGAGAGUUAUGACGAGCAAGAGAUGGAUAAUAGCAAGUCCGUGGCUCGCAGGAGUAAUGCGGCCGGCCACCAUGUGGUCAGCAGCAGUGAUGAUGAUGCCAGCAAAAGAGGCAGCAUUAGGAAACAGUCUCCAUCAUCUCCCAACAAAGUACUCCUGAGCUCCAGUUCUGAUGAAGAUGAAGAAGUAUCACCAGAAUUAGUCCCCAGACGAAGACCACCACUGAGACAAAAGUCUCUGAACAGCACCGCAUCAGACUCCCCACUGAUCCGCAGAGUGAAGAAGCGAAUGAUCCUCACCGACUCAGAAACUGACAACUCUAUAAUCAUAGAGAAUGACAAGCAUACCAAACAGAUGUGCUUAAAAGACACUCCAGCUAAAAUUGACCCUGGUCCAUAUGGAAAGGAGAAUUUAAACCCUGUAGACAUGUCAAAUAUGUCCCUUGAUGACAGCAAAGUAACGAAUGAUGCUGAUGAUAGUAAAGUAACCAAUGAUAGUGACAAUGAAUCGGUAGCAUCAGAAGAUUCUAAGGCCAAAGAUGAUGAAAGUUCUGCAGAAGCUGAAAUAGAUGAUGAUGAUGAUGACGACGGUCCCAAUGAUGAAUCUAAAGCCAAAGUUGACGAAAGUUCAGGAGAAGCUGACGAAGAUGAUGAUGACGAUGAUGGUCCUGAUGAAGAUGAUGAUGAUGACGAUGGUCCUGAUGAAGAUGAGAUGGUGAUGUCAAGAGCGACGCGGAUGAGCAUCAUGGGAGUGGCUCCUCGCGAAGGCAGUGAUGACUCUGACUCCGACUUCAUAGUGUCUGAUGAGAGCAACAGAAAAUCCGCAGACACCAUCAACGGCUCCACAACCAGUCUGAACUUGCAAGACAACCCCGAGGCCCGGGAGACCAUGUCUCGCAACAGCAUAGCCGGGUCCAUCCAGAGCCUCGACUCCCUGCCUGAUGCCGGCAUCUCGCUGCACCACACUCCUCACAACACCAACAAACCACCUGAUGAAGAGGCAGAGGAACUCGAUGAUUCCAAGCUAUCAUGUUCUACCUUUGGUAGUCCUGUAAAGGAGGCUGAUGAAACAAAACAGAUUGACUUGACCCAAGACACUGUGGCCAAAGUAAAGAAGUCUAUUGUUCAAAAUGAAUCUAUAGAUUUGACGCUCAAUGAUCAUGAUUACGGUAGAGUGGGAAAGAGUGCGGUGUUGAAGAAAGUUGAUGAUGAUGACGAGGUAACGAUCAUUGACAGUAAGCCAGAGAUCAUAGCGCUUAGUAGUGAUGACGAAGAUGAGCCAAAACCGGAGAAGAAAUCGCCUUCAUCUACCAAAAGGAUCUCUAGUAUAAAGUCAGAGGACCCCGGUUCGUCAAAGGGUUCUAAAGAGAACACCCUGAGGCAGUAUCUGACCCCCGCCAGCUACCCCGGCCAGGGCGUCGUGUAUGUCAAGAAACACGUCCGGGAAAAUGAACUGGCUAAGCUGAAUGGGCUGAAGGAGGAUUUGAAGAAUGUUAGGUACCUGCUAGAGACCAUGGACCUGGAGUCGCUCGCGGACGGCGGGGUGAAGAUCAUCGAGCGUCUGUCGGCUCUGGAGGAGGCGGCGCGGCGGCAGGGGGACAAGGUGGCCAACAUGCUGCUGGAGCCAGAAAACCCAACGGCGCAGGACAUUGCCAAGGAUGGCUUCGAGCAGCAGGGGCUCACGUGGGACGACAUACAGAAGGCCAGCAACCAGGUGCAGCCACGACUGUUCGGGAAACAAGCGAUGUCAACCCACAUGGCCGAACGCAACUUAAUCCUUGACCGUCUCCGCGCGCUGCAUUCCGCCCUCGACUCCCGCCCGCCCGAGAGCGCCUCCCGCCCGCCCCCGCCCUCGCUGCGGGCCACGCUCAUGCCGCACCAGGCGCACGCGCUGGCCUGGCUCGCGUGGCGGGAGCAGCAGAAGCCCCGGGGCGGCAUACUCGCGGACGACAUGGGUCUCGGCAAGACGAUCACGAUGAUCGCGCUCGUGCUCACCGACAAGGAGACCUUGGACGAUGAUGAUGAAGAUGACGAGGACGAGGAAGACGAUGACCGGUGGAAGGGCAAGGGGAGCAGUAAAGCGGUCCAUGGAGGCACUCUCGUGGUAUGCUGUGCAUCACUCCUGCAGCAGUGGGCGGGCGAGGUGGCCCGCCACGUGGCCCCGCACGCGCUGACGGUGCACGUGCACCACGGGGCACAGAGGCACACGCAGCCCAGCCGCCUGGCCGGGUUCGACAUGGUGGUGACGACUUAUAAUAUACUGCAGAAGGAUAAUGAGAAGAACGGCGUGCUACUGCGCAUGCGCUGGCGCCGGGUCAUCCUCGACGAGGCGCACAUCGUCCGCAACCACAAGUCGGCGACGUCAGUGGCCGUCUGCACCCUGCGGGGGGCGCGGCGCUGGGCGCUCACCGGCACCCCCGUGCAGAAUAAGGACCUGGAUGUGUUUGCGCUGCUGAAGUUCCUGAAGCUGACGCCGUUUGAUGAGUUACCGAUGUGGAAGAAGUGGAUCGACAACAAGAGCGCGGGCGGGCAGGAGCGGCUCGCCACCAUCAUGCGCUGCGUCAUGCUGCGCCGCUGCAAGCAACAACUGCAGGCUAUGGGCCAGCUGCAGUGCCUGCCGGCGCGCGACGAGGUGCAGGUGGCGGUGACCCUGCAGCCCCCAGAGAUGAACGUCUACCAGAAGGUGCUGGUGUUCUCCAAGACUCUGUUCGCGCAGUUCCUGCAGCAGCGGGCGGAGAAGCAGGCGGACGGGGGCUUCGGACACGCCGCCUACGACCGCAUGCACAAGAAGAUGGUCGCCUUACAAGGAGGAAAGCCCGUGAAAUCCCACGAGAUCCUGGUGCUCCUACUGCGGCUGCGGCAGGUGUGCUGCCACUGCGGCCUCAUCGCCUCCAUGCUGGGCGGGGAGGACCUGGAGGACGCCGGGGGACCCCCUGAAGAUACCGGAGUAGACCUCUUGAAGGAGUUGAAUAAGCUGACGCUGGAUGAACAAAAGGACAAGAUCCCCGACGAAGAAACGGAGCCAGAGUUCAAUCUGGAGGGCACAACCGCGGCCGAGGCGAUCCGCUCAGUGCUGUCUCCAGGCAACCCCGUGUUCCAGCUCACCAGGCGCAGCUCCAAGAUAGAGGCCGUCAUGAAGACGCUGCAGGAAAAGGUCUUCGUUAAUAAAGGCGACAAAGCGGUGGUGGUGUCCCAGUGGACGUCAGUCCUGCGUCUCGUAGAACAAGAGCUAGACAAGCUGCAGGUGCAGAGCGUGACCUUGAGCGGCAGCGUGCCGGUCUCGGCCCGGACCGCGCUCAUCACGCAGCUCAAUGACCCCAAUUCGAAGGUCAAGGUGAUGCUCCUAUCCCUCUGCGCCGGCGGCGUCGGUCUGAACCUGUGCGGCGCCAACCACCUGCUGCUGCUGGACCCGCACUGGAACCCGCAGCUGGAGCAGCAGGCGCAGGACCGAAUAUACCGCGUGGGGCAGCGCAAGCACGUGCUCAUAUACAGGUUCAUGUGCGUGGAGACGGUCGAGCAGAGCAUCCGCAAGCUGCAGGAGAUGAAACUUCAGGUGGCCGAGAAUGUGCUGACCGGCGCGCGGCACAACGGCGCCAGCAAGCUCAGCAUUGAAGACUUGAAGAUGCUGUUUAAUAUGGGGCAGGCGUGAGACCCACUGGAGGGUUGAAGCUCUAGGACACAGAAUAAUAACUAUGCCUAGGCUAGUCAUUUAGUCGAGUGGAGAGUAAUUUAGUGACUUGCUAUUUGCUAAAGACACGUUUACGCCUAGUUUCACCAUACUCUGCUAGAUAAUUAACACACCUGUAAGUACACUGUAACUGUUAGUUACUGAAUUAGCCAAUAGCAAGUGAUGUAGUCACUAAAUGACUCUGCACACUAAUAAAUUAGUAGUCUAGUGCCUAGUCUUAGAUUGAAGCUGGAGAGAUUACAGUACAAAUGUAUAGUCGAGUAGAGCUCGUGAAAGAAGUCACAUUUGACAGAGUAAAAUGGAAGGCUCCGAUUCUACAUCGCACGACUUUUGAAUCUUGUUUAAAUUAGUCUGAAAUUGGGGAAUAGUU